CAUUUUUCUUUUAUAUCAAUUCAUAGAUUGUUGCAUAUACUCCUUCAUCAUACGUCGUAAAACAAAAAACAAUUCUUUCUAUCCUGUUGCUAUACAGGUUCUGCCUCUCAGUGUACAAGUCAGAACGUAAGAAUACAACAACUUCUGUUAAUUUUACACUACAUGGAGAUCUUUUUCCUUAAAUUUCGUAAUACAUAGAAGUGUUUGAUUCACUAUAUCCCGUAUUGGGAUGUAGGUGUUCGUUAUACGAAAUUUUAUGCGAGACGACACCUCGGAUGACCAGAGGAAGGCGGGAAUGCCAAGAUGACAACAAACAUGGGAGGACAUGAAUGUCCUACUACAUCUUGCAUAUAUUCCAAGACUUGACAAACCCAGUCAGUCAAGUUCUCUACACAUCCUCAUCAAAGAAGAAUUUUCAUUGCUUGGAAGGUUUGGAAAAAGUAAUUUAAAGAAAAAAAUAUUCAAGUAAGGAUUUAAGAAAUAUUUCCUUUCGUAAUACAGUUGAAACGGGAAAAGACUCUGGUUUUACUUUUUGCUAUUUUUUUCUUUUAUUUUUAGAUUUUGUGGAUCACUUUCUUUUGAGACCAACAAAAGUUACUUUUUUAUAUAAAGCAUAAAUAGCAAAAGUGUGAUACGUUGCUUUUAUUUGUUUUCAUAAUUAAAUAAGUGAGUAGUCCAUUUUUGCUUCCUUGCUUAUUUGGCUGGACAAUCUUACAAUACGAAAACAGAUAUAUUCAAAAACACAACUUUCCUCCGCUUCCCUUCGUCUAGUUUUUAGCAAUUAUGUCGGAAACACUGGUGUUACACUUCAGACUUCCUACGGAAAGGUUUCGAGAAAUAGUGGAUUCCGUGAAAGAGAAAGAUAGCUCCCAUAUUUCUUCGCCGACACAAGCGUCGAAAACUCAAGAGAAACUUACACAACUGAAAAAGCCCAGAGCUCCCUAUGGAAUGGGUCCCAGAGCUGUUAGGCGAAGAGAAAAGGCCGAGAAGGAACGUCAAGGCACUACAGUAGAAGAAUCAAAUGGUCCUUCCCGUCCUUCUUCUGGAAGCGUGACUCCUACACAAGCUGCUUCUCGUUCUGCUCCCAAGGCAAAUGCUAAUUUGAUUAAUGCGGGUUUGCGAGCUCUCGACAGGUCUGGUAAGCCUUGUCGAAAAUGGGAAAAGAAACCUAUUUCUAUUCGAAGUGUUUCCACUAUUGUCUGGAAGCUUCCAACUUGGUUAGGGACUUCAGACGUAGUUGAUUCUGAAACCCCCUCUCCUUCUCCUAUAUCUGUUGCUCAAGAUAAUCGUCAAGAGCAAAAUGAAUCGAUCCUUGCCAAUCCCGAAUCUAGCUCUACUGAAGUUACUUCUCCUACCGAAUCUAUGGCCAGCUAAACGCAGGGCUUCAUACCUUUUCGUUUAUCUCUAAUGGCUUUUUUUUUCACGGCUGGUCCGUGAUUUUUUUAUGUCUACUUGGUUUCCCUUGGAUUUCUGUCUUCAACCAUAUUAGCUUUUUUGUGUUCUUUAUAAUGAGUUUCUGUAUGACUUUUGUUCGCCGAGAAUAACGAGUGAGAGGAAUUUAUAUUUAUCCAUCAAAUAGUAGUUCCUCUUUAAUUGUUGAAAGAUUCUAGUUAUGUCUUGAAAGAGUGUCUCCAUAAAUGUUUUCUCUAUCUGCAAAAUAUUGUUAAUACGGUUGCUAAUCUAUAUACCUUACCUUGCAUGCUUAAUGCAGUUGGUGAAUAAUAACUUGUGUAUUGCUUCUUCUUGCUUUUACUUAUCUUUUGUUUGAUUUCUGUCGUUAAUUUGAAAGACUGGCCGGGUGGUUCAGUGUGAUAGAUUGAAUUUCUGCUUUUUGGAGAGUAUUAAAAGUAAAAAGAACGAAUGCUGAAAGGAAUUAUAUUAUACUAUCAAAAAAGUUCACUGUUGCCAUGAAACAGAAAUGAAAGACCCAUAAAUAUAGCAAAUAGUUCAGUAGAUUUGCUUUGAAUGAAUGGUGGUCAUAAAAUUAACAAACAUAAAUGAAGAACGGUGUUAUAAUCGAACGGAAGGCACGCUGCUGAAUAUUGCAGUGUUUGCAGCUACUAGCGCAGCGAUAAGCAAACCUGCGUAAACUGCCCUAAAUUGUAAAUGAAGAAGGAUCCUCCUGUUUUUUAUUUUUGAGUAAUGAAGUGGUUUGAUUUCAAAAUAUCCAAUGAACGCCAGAAAAGGAUCCAAGCAAAACCAAGAACAAAUGAGAUUAUAAAAUCCAAUAAAAAAGGGAAGCAAAGUCCAAAUCCGUAUUCUUCUAGAAUACUCCAAAAAGAUGCCACAAAAUCCAAGCCAAUAUGCAGCGAAGGUAGCGAUGUAUCCGAUGAGAAAUCUGAUGGCAUAGCUAGACGAAUGAAUGUUGUGCUUCAUAUGCCGUUCCAAAAAUCGAUUGUAUGCAGGUUUGAGUAUAAAAUGAAACAUAAACGAAUGAACAUCUGCAAAGAUGUGGGGAUCCUCGGACAGUUGAUACUUGGAGGCAUUCAGCAAUGGAUUCACCAAGUGCGAGGGAAGAGGGACUCGAAAAGGGGACUCUUUUGUCAAGUAUCUAUUUAUUAUUUUUUGUCGAAAUGCAGACAAAUGGUUCUGUGAGAUCAUUCCCAAGGAAGGAAGAAAAGGCUUCGGAUUUGGAUCAUUAGAUGGAUGAAUUUCUUUUAAAUAAGAUGCACGAUCCUUGUUUUGAAAGAGAGCAGCUGGGUCUAAAAUCUCCAUAUUUAGUAUGUCUUCUGUAAAUAAUGGACCAAAAUUAGGGAGAUAGUAGUCAUCCAAAAAGCCACAAGUAAUGUUCAAUUGAUUGGGUGUCCGGGCUCGAGAACCAUUAAGGCCAAGGGUAGAGCUACUUUGUGUAGCAAUAGAGUGCGAGUUUUCGACUUCUUUAUAAUAGAUUCUGGUAAGGAUGUCGAGCAAACUAAUAUCCAACCACAUAUCUAGAAAAUCAACUCCUCGCUCUUCAGUUUGGACAUAUAUAUAAAAGUUAUAGAUAUUUAAAGGAGAGCUGCAUUGCUUUGUCAACACAUCAUUUGCGUUUGGUAUACGACUGCUCAUUUCAUAGUACAAUGCUGACCGAGAAAAAAGCCCUCGAGCCUGAGCUUUAAUAUUGGAAAGCGAAUGGAAUAUCUUCUAUGAAUAAUUUAAAUUAAAUGAUAUAAUAGAAGUUUCUCUAACUUUUCUGCUCUUUCAAAAUGUACCAAGUGUUUUCGUAGUUAGCGUUUUGCUUAUCCCCCAAUUCAAAUACGGGACUGGGAUGAUAAAUUACUACAGCAGGAAAACUAAUCCAGGAAGCAUAUGAUUUUUCUAAUUCUUCUACUUUAUUAUUAUUUCCUUUUUCAAAAAGCAGUUCAAAAAUCUAUUAUUGUGUUCUUUCCGUAUCGUUCACUAUUAUGAUUGAAAUGGCAUUCAUAUUCAACUUACAUA